GUCGAGGUUGUAAACCAACAGCAGCUUGAUAUCUAUAAAUCACGUGAUGUGUGUCCGUUGUCCGGUCAGCGUAUUUACAGUGGAGAAUUGACCCUGUAUCAACCCAUCCAAUCACCUCCCCCGACCACCCCGUCGCGGACCUCGAAUUCCACGCGAUAAUUUUGUCCUCCCCCCCCGAAACCUCUAAUUCCAUUUACCCCAAUAGCGACAACCUUUCGGCCAUGAAGAGGAGAGCUCAUACGCCGUAACCCAGCAUUGAACUUACUAUAUAGCUCUAUACUCGCCCAACGACAACGCGACGCCCGCCCGAUAUGGCAACCGCGUCCCCAACACCACUGGGCUCAAGCCACUUCGGCAAUCAGCAGAUGCGCCGACCUUCGUCGAGACAGGCCUUACGACAGGUCCCACCAGCACGACCGACUUUUGUGCGGAGAGAAGCUGCUGCGGCGGCGAAUGGGAACCUGGCAGAACAGCUGCCGACUUCUAAGACGCGCCGCUAUUCCGAUCAUGAUAGCUCGGAUGACGACCUACCUGUGCCGAUGAAGUUCAGCGCCCUCACGAAUGCGCUGUUGAAUGAUGAAGCUUCAAUGCUUGGCUCUGCUUCACCAGCUUUAGCUGCAAACGAAAACAACCUGUCUGGCUCAACGGCAGUCGCGCAGAGACAUACAUAUACCGCCGACCCCCCAGCACACGAACAGAUGGCCCGAGAGCGCACGGCGUCCCCGGCGAUGGUAUCUCGCACCCACAGCCCAUAUCCCCGACGAGUAGUACGCCUAAGUGGCACCCCCGGCUCAGCAUCCCUUCGCCGGACGACAAGCUUGUCGAACUCUGUGAGAGCGCCGAGUGAGCAGGUGCCGUCGAGACCGGGAAGCCCACUGGACUUAAGUACACCAGCACCAUAUCCGAGGACUGUACGGAUACCAAUCACAGCCUCUUCGAAUCAUGGAUCGUCGUUUGGAUCUAGUGGACGGGCGUCAAAUCGUGUUGGCUCUGGAUCGGGAGCGCGAUCAGCGGCGCUGGAACAGGAGGAGAUGGAAGACCCGGCUACGAUUGCGAGGCCGUAUAAUGCUACUAGUCUGGGCAGUGUCACGAGAUAUGGGAAUUCGACAGCGAACAGAACGAGGUAUGGGGAGGAAAUGGGAAUGCAGAGUUCGAUGAGAGUGAAGCGCCUCGGAAAAGCUGGUAGUUUCUUGAGUGGCCCUGCAAGAAGAGGCAAGAGGAGACAGAGUGAGGAGGAGCAGGGUCCUGGGCAGGAUGCUGAGGGUGCGGAAUCCGCUUUCUCGAGCCAGGAACGCCAGAGCCAGGAGCCGGAGAAUCAAGCAGCGGAAGGCCAUGAUGCUGGGAGCGGGGAGGCGGCAUCGAGUCAGGAGUCUGAGGCGCCGAAAUCGUCGUUUUAUUCGGCUUCGCAGUACAGGGACUUUGCGUCUGGUAGCCCUAUGAGUGGGAGGGAGGCAUUAAAACAAGCCCGUCCCUCGCCGCCGAUGGCUGUGUAUAAUCGCCCUGCGGAUCCUGUUGUUGAGCAGGCCAGGCCUCCACCGUCGGACAACGCACCACCCGCUCAACUUGCACAGCCUGUCUUUAAGCUUCCUGCGCCAAGGCCGGAGAUGCCAUCGAGCCAUGAUCAGGAAAAUGAGGCACCUCCCACUUUUAAGCGCAAUAAGGCACCGCCAUCGGUGCUUCUUGAUAAAAUCGACAAAGUCCCUCUACGCCCACAAAGCUCGGAUUUGAGCGCCAUGCGUGGUACUGUCUCUCCAGUGCGCCAACCACUAGCUGCAAGAUCCCAAAAUACUCCGCGCCGCCCUGCGCCGCCGCCCCCUAAGAUGUCGCUCUUGGAAACUGCCACUGCUACGGCGGGCGCGGCGACCACCUCGCAUUCGUCUAAGAAGAGGAAUAAUAUCAGAGUUAAUGGCAAGAGUUAUACGAGACUGGAGAUUUUAGGGAGGGGUGGCAGUAGUAAGGUGUGGAGGGUAAUGGCGGAGAAUGGGAAGAUCUAUGCUUUAAAACGCGUUAGUCUGGAGGAUGCGGAUGAGAAUGCUGUGACAGGUUAUAAGGGAGAGAUCGAUCUAUUGAGGAAGCUGGAAGGAAACGAUCGUGUAGUAACGAUAUUGGACUACGAGAUGAACGACGAGAAGCAGAUGCUGAGUGUGCUCAUGGAGAUGGGCGAGCUUGACUUCAACCGCAUCCUCAGCCUCCGCUACAACACCGAGGACGCCGUCUUCGACCCCUCCUUCACGCGCUACUACUGGCGCGAGAUGCUCGUCUGCAUCGCCGCUGUCCACUCCCACGACAUCGUGCACUCGGACCUCAAGCCCGCCAACUUCGUGCUUGUCAAGGGCCUGCUCAAGCUCAUCGACUUCGGCAUCGCUAACGCCAUCCAGACAGACGAGACUGUCAACGUGCACCGCGACACCCAGGUCGGCACGCCGAAUUAUAUGAGUCCCGAGAGUCUUAUGGAUUCUAGCGAGCUCCCUGAGAAUAAGGCACCAGGAGCUAUGCGGGGGCACAGCAGCGGGCCGAGAGUUAUGAAACUGGGCAAGCCGAGCGAUAUCUGGAGUCUAGGCUGUAUCCUCUACCAGAUGGCCUAUGGCCGCCAGCCAUUCGCGCAUAUCUCCAACCAGCUGAGCCGCUGCCGCGCCAUCAUCGAUUGGAACUACGCGAUCGAGUUCCCCUCGCGCGGCCUCGGCGGCGUGACGCUCCCGCAGUCGUUGAUUCGGCUGCUAAAGAGGUGUUUGGAGAGGGAUCAGCAUAAGCGGCCUACUGCUGCGGAGUUGUUGAGCGACCAGGAUGAGUUUUUGAAUCCGAGGGAGUUGCCGGAGGGGGCGCUGCCGAUGACGGAGGAGCUGUUGGGGAGGAUAUUGUGUAGUGUUGUGGGGAAGUGUAGGGGGAGAGAGGUGGGGGAGGGGGAGGUGAUGGGGGUUUGGGCGGGGGCGUAUUUUGAGAGUUUGAGGAAGAAUUUGGGUGCGUAGUGGAGGAGGGGGCGGAUGUGGUGUGAGGAUGGUUUAUAUUAAUUUUGUGGGAGUAUUGUGUUGGAGUACAGUUAAAACAGGCGUUUUGACUUGGGAUGGGAGGGAAGCGUUUAAUGGGUUCAUGAAGCGGAGUGCAAGACUCCAAACUGGAGGCUGCACCUUUUUAUAGCGGAUUUUUUUAUACCCUUCGAAAUUUUAUAUGUUCUUCAAACGUAA